CCUGUGAUGCGGAAAUCUUCAUAAACAUCUCUUGAACUUUAUCUGUCCUGUUUCACAGUGAUGUCUAGCUGGACUAAGUGCACAGUGUGAGCACCUCCCAAGACCAGAAUCUUUCAGGCCAUCAUGGCAGUCAAGUGGACUGGCGGACAUUCUUCUUCUAUUCUCUGCCUGAAUGCAAGUAAAGAAGGGCUAGUGGCUUCUGGAGCAGAGGGUGGAGAUCUCAUGGCUUGGAGUGAAGACGGGAUUCCAUUAGGACACAUGCAGUUCCAAGGGGCCGAUGAUGUUACCAGUGUCUUAUUUUCUCCCUCCUGCCCCACCAAGCUCUAUGCCUCACAUGGAGAAUCCAUUAGCGUACUGGACAUCAGGUCCCUCAAAGGUUCGCUGGACCAUUUUCAUGUGAAUGAAGAAGAAAUCAAUUGUCUUUCAUUGAAUGAAACUGAAAACCUGCUGGCUUCUGCUGAUGACUCUGGGACAAUCAAAAUUCUAGACUUGGAGAAUAAGAAAGUUAGCAGAUCUCUGAAGAGACAUUCCAAUAUCUGUUCCUCUGUAGCUUUUCGGCCUCAGAGGCCUCUGAGCCUGGUGUCUUGUGGACUGGAUAUGCAGGUGAUGCUGUGGAGUCUCCAGAAAGCCCGACCUCUCUGGAUUACAAAUCUGCAGGAAGAUGAAACAGAGGAAAUGGAAGGCCCGCAGUCACCUGGCCAGCUCUUAAAUCCUGCUCUAGCCCACUCUGUCUCUGUGGCAUCCUGUGGCAAUAUUUUUAGUUGUGGUGCAGAAGAUGGUAAGGUUCGAAUCUUUAGGGUGCGUGGAGUCAAGUGUGAACAGGAACUGGGUUUUAAGGGCCACACUUUAGGGGUAUCUCAGGUCUGCUUCCUGCCAGGAUCCUAUCUGCUACUUACUGGAGGUAACGAUGGGAAGAUAAUGCUGUGGGACGUGGGCAGCGAAGUCGAAAAAAACCAGAGGAGUCCAACAAAACAGACCCAUAGGAAGAAAACUAAAAGGGCAACUCACACCAAGCAGGAUGGAAAUGCUUCCGUAACGGAUGAGAAAGAACACGGCAAAAUGUCACCGAAGCUAAAUAUUGAACACGGAGAAAAAGUGAACUGGCUCUUGGGUACAACAAUAAAGGGUCACCAAAAUAUAUUAGUAGCUGAUCAAACAAACUGUAUAUCUGUAUACCCCGUAAAAGAAUGUUAAACUGAAUAAAAAUAUUUGAACG